AAUCGAUUUAAGUCCCCCUAGUCUUUAUAAAGUUUAGAAAUCUGAAGUGAGGUAGAGCAGCAGGUCCCGAUAGGCUUACCCCUGAGAUGUUUAAGGAUGGUGGUCCAGCUUUAUCAGCUAGGUUGACUGAGAUCUUAGGUAGAAUCUGGGAACUGGACGUAAUCCCAUCCGACUGGUCUCAAUCACUGAUUGUCCCAAUUUAUAAGAAAGGACAAAAGUCUUCUUGUGACAAUCACAGGGGAAUAAGUCUAACUAAUAUAGUUUCUAAAUUGUUAGCCUCAAUUAUACAUAGCCGUCUAACUAGAGUACGUGAAGAGCAGACUCGAGAAAACCAGUCUGGUUUUCGACCUGAACGUGGCUGUAUAGACCACAUCUUCACACUACGACAGGUCCUGUAACACAGACACACAUUUAGACGUCCGACAAUAGUCGUGUUCCUGGAACUAAAAGCGGCAUUCGUUUUUUUGGAUGGUGAGGUACUGUUGCAGUGUCUGUCAUUGAAAGGUGUACCAAAGAAGUACAUUAACCUUAUACAAGCUCUCUACUCGAACACCACUGGUUGAGUGAGAGGAUAUGGCGAACUGUCAUCUGAAUUCUCUACAUCAUGUGGUGUCCGUCAGGGUUGUCCAC